ACAACCUACAACUCAAAAAUGGCAGCGCAGAAGAACGGCGGCUUAAGGUCUGCGCAAAGCAGCCGAGCAAACACCUUCUCCAUCAUCGCGAUUCUUAUCGCCCUCUUCUCAGCCAUUGUUUACUUUAUGGAACAAAAUCUUCAAAGUUUCUACGUUUUCGACACACAACAACUGCACGAACUUUCGAAAAGAGCGAUCGCAACCCAUGGAAACGACACUAGAGCUGUUGUUGCACAGAUCGUUGGCGAGCUCAGCCAGGGUCCUGCCGGCGAAUACGUGAACCUGGACGAGGAAUGGGUUUUCAACAACGCCGGCGGUGCAAUGGGUGCCAUGUACAUCAUUCACGCCAGUACUGCCAUUGGAACUGAAGGACACACCGGUCGCCACACCGCAGACGACUACUUCCACAUUCUCAAGGGCACUCAAACGGCCUAUUCACCCGCCGCAGGCCACUACGAGCCCGAAAUCUACCCUCAAGGCAGUGUGCACCACUUGCGCCGUGGCGUGGUCAAGCAGUACAAGAUGGACGAUGCUUGCUUUGCUCUCGAGUAUGCUCGUGGUUGGAUUCCUCCCAUGCUUGGAUUCGGUUUCGCCGACGGCCUUACCAGCACCCUUGAUUUCCCUACAUUGUGGCACACCACCAGAAUUACUGGCAGAGAAAUGUUGUCAAAUAUGGCCAAGGGAAAGCUUUAG